GACCCGACUGGGCUAAAGGGAUCAGGACCUGGAUUUUCUCCCAUAACCUCUGACCCUAGUGCCGAGGAGGUUCCUGGGAAGUCAUCUCGUGUCGUAGCUUCGGCUGCAGAGUGGACCCCCCCGCCCCCCGGCUUCUGCAGUCAGCUUUGUCUGUGCUCUGCUCCAAGGAGCUGCGUUAUAUCUGACAGUCCUCAAGGCAGAAGACCGUUUAAACAAACCUGCGAAUAAGUAUUUAUCUCGUCUUGGGAAUCACCUCCAAAUAGUCAUGUCUGCUGCUUCUGCUUCCAUUGUCAACUCCUCGGUCUUCAUUCUCACAGGCCUCCCUGGCCUGGAACAGUAUUACCCUUGGUUUGCAGUUCCCUUUUCCUGCAUCUACGCCGUGGUUUUCCUGGGAAACUGCCUGGUGCUGCAUGUGAUCCGGAUGGAGCCCAGCCUGCACCAGCCCAUGUUCUACUUCCUGGCCAUGCUGGCCGUCACGGACCUGUGCAUGGGGCUGUCCACCGUGCACACAGUGCUGGGCGUCCUGUGGGGGCUCGGUCGGGAGGUCAGCCUGGAUGCCUGCAUUGCCCAAACUUACUUUAUCCACGGUCUGUCCCUCACAGAGUCGGGAGUCCUUCUGGCCAUGGCCUUUGAUCGCUUUACUGCCAUCUGCAACCCUCUGAGAUACACAUCCAUCCUCCCCAACAGCAGGGUCACUCGCCUCAUGGUGAGCAUUUUGAUGAGAAGCGCUUUGUCCAUUCUCCCUGUCAUCAUCCGUUUGAGGUUCUUUCAUUACUGCCGCCCUCAUCUCCUGUCCCACGCCUUCUGCCUGCACCAGAACCUGCUCCGGCUGGCCUGCUCGGACGUCCGCUUCAACAGCAUCUAUGCUCUGGCUCUGGUGAUCUGUACCCUGUUGCUGGAUGCUGUCCUUAUUCUCGUCUCCUACGUUCUCAUCUUGCAUGCCGUGCUGGCGAUCGCAUCUCCAGCAGGGAGGCUCAAGUCUCUGCAGACCUGUGUCUCCCACCUCUGUGCCGUCCUGGUGUUUUAUAUCCCCAUUAUUGGUCUCACCAUGGUGCACCGCUUUGGGCAGCACCUCUCCCCUUUGGUUCAUGUCCUUAUGGGCAACGUCUACAUUCUCUUCCCACCCCUGAUGAAUCCUGUCGUCUACAGCGUGAAGACCCAGCAGAUCCGUAGUAGGAUGGAGAAGUGGUUUUCUCUGAAAAGGUAG